CGUCUCUUCUCGCGUCUCAUGACCCUGGAUCUAUUGCAGAAGUGCAUGAUAUUAUCCACAUAUAUUAUCCACGAGCAGUAUAGCAGACUGGCAAGGAACAGGGUCCUGCUCUCGACAGAGUGGUCAGGACAUGAUAGAUCGGUCGGCCUUGCAACUUUCGUGCAUGCAUAUACCUGGUCCAGGAUACGACUUCAGAAAGUCGUUGUGCAUCAGAACCUGUGGCAGAAAGGGGUCGGGUAACACGAAUGCGUGGUUUGUUGUGUUGGAUCUCGAGCCCAUUGGCGGAAGCCGUUGUAUCGACCUGCAUGCAGCUAUGCACUUCUACUCUCGGUUCUGCAGAGUCCUCGCUCUAGAUGGAGCAUGGUACGGUACAGCGGCCGAGAAAAGUAGUCGGCAACGCGGCACCUCGGCAGGUGGAAAGGGCCUCGAUCAGAUUUAUGAAGGGAUGAACAAGAGUCCUGCAAGGAGAUCUUUGUUUGUGCAUUCCGCAAGGCAAGGAGAGCAUUACAGAAAGUCACAGAUAGAAGCCGCGGGGAAAACCCAACUUCUACUUUCCAGGAAAAUGAUUGUAGAUCUUGCAUAUGAGGGUAUACAUGUUAGGGGGGCCCUUGAUCAGACCGGUCAACGACCACGCAGCGUUGCAGUGUGGCGUUCGCUUAAUCGCGGUUUGAUUUAUGUACCCUGGAGAGUCGACGCCUCGCUUGAAACUAAAUGCCUUCAAGUUAUAUGAAAGAUUUAUGCAAGUCAAAGGAAUGUUGUAAUAAUUUGGUCCCCGUUAAAACCUGCUACGCCCAACUUUCGUCCGAGACUACGGUGGUGGCCCUGGUCGUCGUAGUUCGAGAUGCAAUGCUGCAGGUCUAAAUUAGCAGCGCCAAGGAAGUAGUGGGAAUCAUUCCAUUCUUUCACACGAUAGCCGUAUGGCCCAGUUUCAUUGUCUUCCAU